UACCCAUCAUCUCAUACGGUUUUGCGAAGGCCGAAAAAACUCAUCCCUGUUCUCUCUUUUGCGUGUUUUCCAAGUCGAAGUACUGAUCACCUAUGGCGUCCUCUCUUGUUCUCUGGAGACUUGUCUCUUCUAACCUCCACCCUAGCUCUCUGCGUGUGAUCCGACCUGUAGCCACAGGACAAUCGGCCACACGCCUCUUCAACACUAAUGCUGUUCGCGAGUUCGAUGACGAAGAUGACGAGCGCAGCCUGGACUACGGUCGCCGCUCAGGCCGUACCGUUUCUCGCCGUGGAGACGAUUUUUUCUCAGGUAAUGUGUUUGAUUUGUCUCCAGCACGAAGCGUGAGCCAGGUGCUGAACUUGAUGGACAAAUUCAUGGACAAUCCUUUCCUCUCCGCUUCGCGCGGCAUGGGGUCCGGAAUCCGCCGAGGUUGGGAUGCGCGCGAGACAGACGAUGGUUUACACUUCAGCGUUGAUAUGCCGGGACUAGGCAAGGAGGACGUGAAGGUUGCGGUGGAGCAGAACAACCUGAUCAUCAAGGGCGAAGGAGAAAAAGGUGGAGAUGGUGAGGAGAGCGGCAGAAAGUACUCGAGCCGAAUUCAUCUGCCAGAGAAAAUUUACAAGACUGAUCAAAUCAAGGCUGAGAUGAAGAAUGGUGUGUUGAAGGUGGUUGUGCCCAAGCUGAAGGCGGAAGAGAGGGCUGAUGUGUUCAACGUCAAGGUUGAUUAGGAUGAGGGUUUUUGCUCAUGUCUAGUACAUUUUAUGGGUUUCUCUGGUAUCUGAUAACUGUUUUGUAGAUGUCGAAGUAGGGCAUAUCACAUGAAUAGUAAGAGUCUGGACUGUCUUGAGUUUAGGAAACUGAUUUGCACAAAUCGAAUCCUUAAUGAAUCACGAUUCUCGCAUACCUCUCCUAGUA